ACUUCCGUUCAGGUGCAGCUCUCUCACCAGCCGGCGCCGCUGGCUUCGGGCAUGGGGUCCCGCGGCCUGGCGCGGCUGCACGGGCUCUUCGCGGUCUACAAGCCCCCGGGGCUAAAAUGGAAGCACGUGCGGGACACCGUGGAGUUGCAGCUUCUGAAGGGUGUCAAUGCUGGGAAGGCUCCUGCCCCUGAACAGCGUGUUCGUUUUCUGCUGGGCCCGGUGGGAGACGGUGAAGAGAAGGAGCUUACUCUGACCGCCACCAGUGUGCCCACCCUCACCAACCAUCCGCUGGUCUGUGGACCAGCAUUCACCAGAUUGAAGGUUGGCGUGGGACACCGGCUGGAUGCUCAAGCAUCUGGGGUGCUUGUGCUCGGCGUGGGACAUGGACGCAGGCUCCUCACCAGCAUGUACAAUGCUCACCUCACCAAGGAUUACACAGUACGUGGCCUCCUGGGCAAAGCAACAGAUGACUUCUGUGAGGAUGGGCGGCUGGUGGAAAAGUCAACAUAUGACCAUGUGACCAGAGAGAAGCUGGACCGCAUCCUCGCCCUGAUCCAAGGUUCCCAUCAGAAGGCCCUGGUGAUGUACUCCAACCUGGACUUGCAGACCCAGGAGGCCUAUGAUAUGGCUGUGAGAGGCUUGAUUCGGCCCAUGGGCAAGUCCCCAAUGCUGGUAACGGGCAUCCGAUGCGUCUUCUUUGCGCCGCCGGAAUUCCUCAUAGAGGUACAGUGCAUGCAUGAGACACAGAAGCAGCUGAGGAGGCUGGUGCAUGAGAUCGGCCUGGAGCUGAAGACCACCGCUGUCUGUUCCCAAGUGCGGCGUACGCGGGAUGGCUUUUUCACCCUAGACGAUGCCCUCCUGAGGACCCAGUGGGAUUUACACAGCAUCCAGGAUGCCAUCCAGGCCACAGCUCCCCGGGUGGCAGCAGAGCUGGAGAGGAGCUUGAGGCCAGGGCUGGGCACGCAGCAGCUUCCCGGUCCAGGCCAGCCCUGGGACUCCAGGGGGCCAAGCUCUGCCUUGGGGCUGGAGAGCUGUGCAGGGCCUUGAAAGGCCAGGCGGCUGGCGAGACAGUGAAUAGAUAAGAAUUGUUCUGAGCUGGAACUGAUAACUGCGCAGAAUGCAAGAGGAAGGGAAGAACAUGUGACAUAAAACUCUGAAACUGUAAGAAAAUCAACAGACUUGACCCAAUGGAAAAGGAGAAACUUCUAUAUGGAGGAAAAGAUGAUAAAGAAAUGAUAAGACAGAUAAAAAUACUUGUAAUACGUUUAAGAAUGAAUAUCCAGGGGCACCUGGGUGACUCAUUCGGUUAAGUGCUUGCCCUCAGCUUAGGUCAUGAU